AUGUCUCGGGCUCAAGUUACCAGGUGCACACCAGCACGUAGCCAGGCUGCGCUGCACGCGCGUGCGCCUGGUGCGCGCCGCCCCGCCGCCGCCGCUCUCGCCGCGGCGCCCGGCGCGCGCCGCGCCCGCAGUGGCGCCUACAUCUCGGCCGCAUUCUGCCGCCGCGGCGGACGCCUGAUUGUCGCCGCGACGCUGGCCGGCGUCGCCGACGCGACCGACGUGCGGCAGCUGCUCUCCCAGGAGAUCCAGCCCCACGGGGAGCUGGUGCAGGGGCGGCUGCCCAACGGGCUGCAGUACGUGCUGCUGCCCAACAAGACGCCGCCGGCGCGGUUCGAGGCGCAUCUAGAGAUGCACGUCGGCAGCGUGGACGAGCGGGCGGACGAGCAGGGCGUGGCGCACCUGGUGGAGCACGUGACGUUCCUGGGCUCCAAGAAGCGCGAGAGCCUGCUGGGCACGGGCGCGCGCGCCAACGCGUACACCGACUUCCACCACACCGUGUUCCACGUCCACGCGCCGCUGGUCAACGGCGUGACCGACGCGCCGAUGCUGCCGCAGGCGCGUUUGGGGGCGGCUUGGGCGGUGCUGCAGGCGCUCGCGGAGAUUGCGUUUGCGCCGCAGUUCCUGCCCACGCGCGUGGAGAAGGAGCGCAAGGCGGUGCUGGCGGAGGCUCAGAUGAUGAACACCAUUGAGUACCGCGUGGACUGCCAGCUGCUGCAGUACCUCCACGAGGAGAACAACCUGGGGUACAGGUGA